GAGAAGGAAGCGUCUCCAGUUUGAGCCAAUGCAGCCCUGCGGCUGUCCGGGAGGAGCGCCCCUGCCCCGAUGAGCCCCCGCCGUGCUUCCCAGACUGUCCCCCGGCGGGAUCGGGGCGCAGAGCCCAGUGCGGACGAUGGCUGCUGUUUAGCCCGUGGGGGUAGGAUGUGUUGAAAGGAUGGGGCUUCUCUCUCUUGGGGCUCACGAUGGCCAGAGAAGAUUCUGUGAAGUGCUUGCGCUGCCUGCUCUACGCGCUCAAUCUGCUCUUCUGGUUAAUGUCCAUCAGCGUGUUGGCUGUGUCUGCUUGGAUGAGGGACUACCUAAAUAAUGUUCUGACUUUAACUGCAGAAACAAGGGUGGAGGAGGCUGUCAUUUUGACUUACUUUCCUGUGGUGCAUCCGGUCAUGAUUGCCGUUUGCUGUUUCUUAAUCAUCGUGGGGAUGUUAGGAUACUGUGGAACAGUGAAAAGAAAUCUGUUACUACUUGCAUGGUAUUUUGGAAGUUUACUUGUCAUUUUCUGUGUAGAACUGGCUUGUGGUGUUUGGACAUAUGAGCAAGAAAUAAUGGUUCCAGUUCAGUGGUCAGACAUGGUCACUUUGAAAGCCAGAAUGACAAAUUAUGGCUUACCGAGAUACCGGUGGCUUACUCAUGCUUGGAAUUUUUUUCAGAGAGAGUUCAAAUGCUGUGGAGUUGUCUAUUUCACCGACUGGCUGGAAAUGACAGAGAUGGACUGGCCCCCGGAUUCCUGUUGUGUUAGGGAAUUCCCAGGAUGUUCCAAACAGGCCCACCAGGAAGAUCUCAGUGACCUCUAUCAAGAGGGUUGUGGGAAGAAAAUGUAUUCCUUUUUGAGAGGAACCAAACAGCUGCAGGUGCUGAGGUUUCUGGGGAUCUCCAUUGGAGUGACACAGAUCCUGGCCAUGAUACUCACCAUUACUCUGCUCUGGGCUCUCUACUACGACAGACGGGAGCCUGGGACAGACCAAAUGAUGGCUCUGAAGAACGACACCACUCAGCACCUGCCUUGUCAUUCAGUGGAACUGCUGAAACCAAGCCUGUCGAGGAUCUUUGAACACACAUCCAUGGCGAACAGCUUUAAUACACAUUUUGAGAUGGAGGAAUUAUAGAGACUGUCAAAGAAGGAAACCACAAAUUUAUUUUACUGGACUUGUGAAUUUUUUGAACACACACUUAACUGUUUCAGAAAUGUUUAGAAAUGAAAAUGUUGCCAUAAAAGGAUACCCAAGCACAUAAUGUUCCACUCUUUGAAAGGAAGUGGGAAAAGUUCCAUAUAUGAUAAAGCACCACCUGGACAAUAGGUGAUACCUUUUGUAAUGCUGGACAGAUCUAAUACCCACUUUAUAGCCUGUGUAAGAUUUUUACUGAACACAGUUAUGCUUUGAGGUUUAUGCUUUGGCAGAGUUUGACCAGCAUUUCUGCAUCCAUGUAAA